AUGUUCAUCGGUACCGGGAAGGACGGUCGGCGAAUCUUCAAAGUUAACCAGAGACUCAACGGUAACCAGAGACUCAAAGGUAACCAUAGACUCAACGGUAACCAGAGCCUCAAAGUUAACCAGAGACUCAACGGUAACGAGAGACUCAAAGGUAACCAUAUACUCAACGGUAACCAGAGCCUCAAAGUUAACCAGAGACUCAACGGUAACCAGAGACUCAACGGUAACCAUAGACUCAAUGGCAACCAGAGCCUCAAAGUUAACCAGAGACUCAACAGCAAACAGAGACUCAAAGGUAACCAUAUACUCAACGAUAACCAGAGCCUCAAAGUUAACCAGAGACUCAACGGUAACCAGAGACUCAACGAUAACCAGAGACUCAACGGUAACCAUAGACUCAAUGGCAACCAGAGCCUCAAAGUUAACCAGAGACUCAACAGCAAACAGAGACUCAAAGGUAACCAUAUACUCAACGAUAACCAGAGCCUCAAAGUUAACCAGAGACUCAACGGUAACCAGAGACUCAACGGUAACCAUAGACUCAAAGGUAACCAGCGACUCAGCUGUAACCGGCGAUUCAACGGUGAUCAGCAACUUAACGUUAACAAGUGA